AUGGACGCCAUCAAGAAGAAGAUGCAGGCGAUGAAGAUCGAGAAGGUAAAUGUUUUUUUGGGGUGGAUAAUGGUUUAAUUUUUAACUUUUUUAUUAUUUGGGGUAUCUAAAGCUUUAUUUUGAGUGUAAAAAUUAGUAAAAUUGAGCAAGAUAUAGGUAUAAAAUGGUUUUUUGUGACGAUUAAGGAUGUUUUUUCUGAAUUUUAAGAAAAAUCAGAUGGUUUUGAUGAGCUAUCAGAUUUGUAUAGCAACUUGUACUUCUUACGCUUCAAAAUAAGCCUAGAUUCUUAGUAACGUAGUAUUUUUUGAAGUUUUGGGAUAUUGUCAUUUAUAAGCAAGUUAUGGCAAUUUAAAUUGGUUUAAGUCAUCAAAAGUCGAUAUGACAUUUUGAUGAUUUUUGAAGUCAUUUUUGAUGAUUUUUGAAGUCAUUUUUUUGAAGUCAUUGAUAUAUUGGUUUAUAUAUCAAUAUUAAGCUUUUCCUACAUAGCCAUGACAAAAUCUUAACACUAGUUUUUAAAAAAGCAAAGACCAUUAUGUAGAUCAACACUUUAUAACCUAUUUUACCAUUCCAGGACAACGCCCUCGAUCGCGCCGAUGCCGCCGAAGAGAAGGCCCGCCAAACUCAGGAGAAGCUGGAGCGCGUUGAAGAGGAAUUGCGCGACACCCAGAAGAAGAACAUGCAGACUGAGAACGACCUCGACAAGGCCCAAGAAGACUUGACCGCCGCCAACACCCAGCUCGAGGACAAGGAGAAGAAGGUCCAAGAGGUAGGUCUUUCAUGAGUUUUAUGGUACUGAUGAUAGUAUCAACGUAUGUUUGGUACUGCUCAAUGAGUUAAUGGUACCAAAACAUGUUUGUUGCUGAUUAAUGAAUUGAUGGUACUAAAGUAUGUUUGGUACUGUUCAAUUUAUUUAUUAACCAGUAUCCAAACAUGUUUGGUACCGAUGAGUUGAUGGUACCAAAAAUGGUACCGAUCAUUUAAAAAAUAAUUUUAUUGUAACGACAAAGUAACCGAGAAAAGAGAGAGUUGCUGUAAAUGAGAGAGAAAUUUAGGCAGCGAAAGAAAAAAAGAUAUAAACAUACGUUUAGGUAUCAUUAGGUAUAUAAUAGAGUAAAAGCUCAAUAAGUAAAAUAAGUUUGGAAAUGUUUAUGGCUACAUAGCUAUGGUAAUUUAAUGCAUUUUUAAAAGUGCAAAAGCUAAAAAUGCAAAAAAAAGAAAAAAUUAUUGAAAAAACCGCAUAGACAGCACAAAAAGAAGAGACGACACACAGACGACGCAUCUGAUUCACUCGAAUUUGAAUCAGCUGAAAUUGUACGAAACGGCCUGAUUUGGAAUUCCAUCUGA